GAUGCUCUGUCGAUAUGUUUUCAAGGUUGACCACUCCCCGUGGCUAGCCGCAUAGCGAUCGAGCAGAUCUUCGCUGCUGUUUCUAUUUUAGUGGACAAAAAUAAAAUUGAGUGAUUUUCGGAGCGUUUACUUACCUUAUUGACUUUUGGAAACGUCUUUAGAAGCUUUGGAUGUCAAAGAAUCAUAUUGCUCGUAUGUGGAAUGGUGUUUUGUGCAGAUUGAUGAAAUUAUUGUGAGUUGUUUUUUGCUCAAAUUGGUUUACUCAAUUUCCAGUCUUCCCCGGUCGCUGCAAAUGUGAAUUGUUCCGUGUACGUUUCCGGUUGAGCGAUUAAGUCACAAAGUGGAUAUGGAUGGAUUUUUUUUUUGAUUUGCAGAUGGGCUAAUCAUGCUCUGAUUUGAAAAGAACUACAGACAUAAUGCUGCUUUGCCAUGAAUAUUUUUAAUACCCCUCUCCUUGUUGUAUUUAAUUAAACUGAGCUGAGACUGAGUUAUAAUAUAUAACAAAAGCCAAGGCCCCAAUUUCUUUACAUUAAUCAUGACAUCAGAUUCAGACAUCACUCACUCAGUCACCUCGCAUGUUGUGUGAGUGGUCGUCAGUGUGAUUGUCUUGUGUGGGUUGAGGUUGAGAAUUGUUACAUUAUUGAUUCAGUCCAUCAUGUCCAUUUCCACCAAUCUACUAGCUCAGUAGCAUUACAGAUCAAGAAAUGCCAGCAAGAUUUGAAUACAAUAUAUAAAGUGAUGAGAGACAGUUUUUCAUUGCUUUGAUUUGAACAGAAUAUGACCUCAAAUGCGAUUGACUCAUUCUUUGACUCUGAUGGAGAUAGAGAAGAACCUUUUACCUUGAAAGGAGAAUACCAUCGGGGCGUCACCCCGCCCACCCAAUUUUCAAACUCGCCCCACGACGACAAACCCGACUCUGGGAGCAGAAAAACAGGGAAAGCCUCGCCCCAUCACUCCCGAUCCUCAACUUCUGGCAAUUUCACAGGAGAAUCGGACACCAUGUCGAACAAGAGAGAUUCAUCUGGGUCAUAUCAUGACCGCUCAAGGUCGAGGUCAAGGUCACCUUCAGCUAGUUACAGAAGGUCAAGAUCAAGGACACCUGACUAUUCAGACUCGUUUGACUCGGAGGAUUCCAUGCAGGAUUCAAGAAAAGCGUCCCCGGCGAGGAAUAAAAAAUCAACUCGGAGAACCACUGCAAAUGCACCUACAAGCAGGUACAGCUCAGGGACCAGCAAGGAUAGUAGAUCAACGUAUCGGUCGUAUGGAAGCAGCUAUACAGCCAGAACAACCAAACCUAGUGUAAAGAAAGGUGCUCCAAAGAAGAAAGGUGCAGGAAGAUCACAAAGUGUGACUGGCUUACAGCAAUCUCCAAGGAGCACAGAGGUGACAAGAAGAAUGCUAUCUGCCAAAGGACACACCAUCAACAAACUAAGGAGUGACUUUGAUGAUUUGCGGCGAAAAUACGACGAUGCCAUCAGGGAAAAUAAGUUGAUGAAACAACUGCAAAGGCGCCAAGAGGCGGCCCUUGCGAAGUUUGAGGACAAAGAUGAGGAACUGCCUCAGUUGCUGCGGAGUCAUGCAGCGGAAGUGGACAAUCUCCGAGAGAGGCUGCGGAGGACACAGGACAGGGAGAAGGAUAAGGAUAGGAGAUUGAAGGACAAGAAUGAAGAGCUGAAUAGGUUGAAUGAUGAAGUGAAGAAACUUAGACACUUAGCCGAGAACAAUCACCUCCUUGACAGGGAUAAGCUGCAGAGGAAAGUUGACAAGCUUCAUGAUAACUUGGAUGAGAAGGAAAGAAGAGUAACUGAGCUUGAGAAACACAUUGAGAAUGUCAAGAAGAAUGUCAAGCAUGACAGUGAGCAGUGGAAGCAACGUGAACGGGAGUACAGAGCCAGAGUUUCCUACCUUGAAGAUGAAAAUCAAACCAUCAAAUUCCAACUCAAAGAGAAAGAAAAAGAGCUUGAAAUCAGGAACAUUUACAGUAACCGUGUGAUGAAGCCUCCCGCAAAACUCAACGCCACCUUCGACUCAUCUCCAAGGCCGCUUGCUCAGACUCGAGCCACCUCAAAUGACGACAUCAAGAACUCCAAACCAAAGCCAACCAUCAAGAGGUCAUCAUCGGCAGAGGAAAAGCGAAAGGUGGACCAUACACCAAGGGCGCCCGAACCAGAGGUGAAGCAAGAAGAAAAGAAGGUUUCCCCAAGGAAAGAGAAGAAAAAGGAGAAAGAACUCUCAGAGCAUGAAAAGAUCUUGAUGGAUCUGGAUGGCGGUUUCAAACCUGCUCCGCCCAAAGCUGGGAAGGACGACGAUGUCCUCAAAGAUUUGGACAUUGAGAUAAAGAAGAGAGAAAGGCAGGAGGAGGAAAAGAGGAGGGCAGAGGAGAGGAGGAAGAGAGAAAAGGAGGAGGAAGAAAAGAGGCGGAAAGAUGAAGAAAAAGAAAGGAGGAGACGGAUAGAGCAAGAAGAGGAGGAAAGGAAGAAGAAAGAAGAAGAAGAGCGGAAGGGUCAGCUAAGCUUCUUUUCGGGUCCUAAAAAUCCUUAUCAAUCUUCCAAGACCAAGGCAAAAACCUCUGCUUUCGAGCCUUAUUUCCCGUCAAACAAAAUAAAGAGCAAUGCCAACACCUCAAAGGCCCCGGGAUCAAACUCUUCCAAUGAAACGGGGUCGUACAAGCCUUCUUUUGCCAACUCCUCUAAGCCUCGGGUCAUAGACCCUCCCAAAGAAACUGACUCUUACAAGCCGUCAUUCUUGCCAUCGACUAGCACAUCCUCAAACAGGGAAGAAGUAGCAAAGAAGGAAUUUGGUGGGGGUGGGAGGUUGGGAAGACAAGAAGAAAAGAAGCCAUUUUGGUUGAGGACUGAUGAGAGGAAGGACAGUCCCAGAAGAACGAGGGAUAUUUCACUGGAGAGAGAAAGAAAACAGAAAGAAGAAGCACUUGUCAAAUCUUCCACUUUCAUCACCAAGGACAACCCCUCUGCUCCCAAAACGCCAAUCUUUGAUGACGCCUCAUCUGAUGAGGAAGAUAACAUUCCUUUCUUUGGCUCCAAGCCUAAGAAUGCCCCACCCUCCAAACCUAAGGGUGCCCCGCCCUCCAAGCCCAAUAAUGCUAUGGCCGCAGUCAAUAGCGUCAGAGACCUCCACAAGUACUCCAGUAAUGUUCGGCAGAAUAGCGGCAGUAGCAAGCCAGACUCAAGAGAGAGUGGCGAUAAUAAUGAGAGAAAACGAGAGGAAGAAGAUCUGGCGUCACAGAGGAAGAAGCAGAAGGAGGAGUCUGAGAGGCUUGCUGAGGAACGUAGAAAGAAGGACCUCCUCCUUGCCAAGAUGAAAGAGAUUGAUAACAAACCGGAAUCAAGGGGCAGCAAGAAAGAAUACAAAUUCACCCAGCCAAUUGAGAAUCUACACAACGGUAAGCCUUCCCAUCCAGAUCUUUUGGGAUCCCCUCAAUCAACACCAAAGAAAAAACCUGCAGCGGACUCUGACACUUCGUUUGGAGGUUACGCCCCUUCCUUCGGUCGACGUGCUGCAGCGGGGGAUAAAUCACCCAUCAAGAAAGGCGGGUUGUUUGAGGAUGAUGACGACGACAGCGACGAUAUCUUUGCAACGCCAAAACCGAAGCAGGCAGAUAAAUCCAAGGACUUGAGGUCUAAUUUUUUUUCGGACAAUAAAUCAACCACACCAAACAAAGGCAGAAAUUCUUUUGAGGGUUCCAUCUUCUCGACGUCGACAAAGGCGAAGCCGGUCGCAGACAGCACCACGUUGCCGUGGGAGAAGAAGACGCAACAGGGCAGUCUCUUCAAUCAAUCGAACAAACCAAACGGCUUGACCGUCAACGUGCCAAAGUCCAGUUUUGAUGACUUUGACGACGAUAUCGAGGAAGUAAUUUUAUGAUGAGGUCAUGAAAGAGACUAAUGCAGACAAAUUAUUGCAUCAAUCUGUCUGUAUGCAAGCGAAAACAACUCAUUUUAGUUUGUUUGCAGCAGUGCAGCAUGGUCUUUCUCUGUAAUGAUAAGAAUAAAUAUUCAGACAUCUUUUUAACAUUCCAUGCUAUUAAUUGCCUUUGCACUUUGAAAGCUUAUAUGUAGAGGCACAUACUGUAUGUUGGUCAGCCUCUCCAAAUCAUGUCCAGAAAGUAUUUUGUUUUUAAUAUUCAUGAAGAUUUGCAAUCCAAAAAGCAAAACUUUGAAGGAGAACAGUAUUGAUUAUUAGCCUGCUUCAAGUACUCUCUUUGAUUUGCUAUUAUUCCCAAUUCAAGCAGUGACAGUAUCAAUAUAUACAUAUUAAGCAAGUAAUUGGAGACGCCUACAUUUUUUAUAAAUACAUUUAUACGGGCCAUGACUGGGUUAAAUAUCUUUCCUUUAAUACUUAUAAUUAUCUAAAAUUUUUAAGAGAUUUAUUUUUCAGUACUGUGCAUGUAUGUGACAUGUGUCUGAAAAUGUUAAAAUGAGAAAAUGUGAUAAAUUUGAAUGAGGAGAUUUUUUUGAGCAGACAAGGCUGAAAUUGUAUGUGCCUAGACUCUUACUGAAAUCAUGUGUAUAAACUUUGUAGAAACCAAAAGAAGAAAAUUAUAUUGCCAUGGCUACGAAUGCAUUUGUAAAUGCUUUAUUUUGCAUUUUAUACUUGUACUUACAUGCAUAUGCUAGAGAUUUCCACUGUUACAUGUACAUCUGAUCAAGUACUUUAUUGUGAAAUCCUGUAAAGUAAUAAUAUUUAUCCAGAAAUGUUAUGUUACAUGUACAUGUGGUCUUUCUCCUUGAUGACUGCAUACUAUCAGUACGUGUAAUUCUACUCAUUAGUGAUGACAUCCGCUGCAUAAAUCAGUAUGCGCUAUAUAAAUCAGUGUAUUAUUAUUAUUCUCAAAAUUGAUGGGAAAUAUUUAAGGUUUAAUCCAAAUGAGUGUGAAUAUGGAGAUUUAAAUGGGAAUAUAUAUAGGAUAUAAAAAAAUACAUAACCUAGCAGAAUCACUCAAUUUUGAAUGUGAAAAUGGUGGAAUUACACUUUAAAAAAAUGAAAUCACAUUGUAUAUUGUGUUAUAUGAGCAUGGUAACAUCAACGUUUAUAGGAGAUAUACACAUUUAAUGGUAGAACAUCGAUAUGCUGUUCUAUUGUCAGUCUUAAAAUCAACAUUGGAAAUGAAUGGACAUGUGACUUGUAGAUGUGUGAGACUCCUAUGAGAUGAGAAUGCACUUUCAUAAUUGAAAUUCAAGUGAUAAGAGCCAUUUGGUGAGAAGCUACAUGUAAUCUAUUGCAAAGUGACUUUUGUAGACAAAAGAAAUGAAACCAAAAUGUAUUCAUGAACAUAACAUUCCAGUAACAGGAAUCACAAUGGUUUUGUUCAUGCAAUAUUCUGUGAAUGGAAUAGUGUAUGGGUAAUCUAAAAAAAAAUGUAUUCAGCUUUCUAAUAUAUCAGUACUUAAUCAUGUCAGGCGAACAUAUUGAUUUAUACGCAUUCCUGUUUUCAAUAUUAGUGUUUUCAUAUAUUUGUAGUGGAAAUCCUCCUUGUUCAAGUAUGACAUCUAACUCUACCACCACUCCUCCCACACCCCCUCCCCCCAUCCUUCCGCAGAAAAGAGAGUUGUAUGUAAUCAUUCAUUUGCCACGAACAGCAUGAACAUUUCAUUGCACAAAGGGAUGCUAUUGAAUUUUAAUCAAUGGUGACUUGAAUUCCCAGAGUUAUGAUUGUUUAAAAACCCAUUUUUGCAUCACUGCGCUUUGAUAUACAACCUAUUAGAACAAUGAUAACGGUAUUUUUUUUUACUUCACCUGAAUUCCAACUGAACACGUACUGCAAUUUCUGUGCAAUGGUCAACAUAAUCAUACCACAUCAAUCAAAUUCAUGUCUUUUGCAUCGAAAAAUCUGAGGAUAAUGGUGAUUCAAAUUUCAAAAGCAACACUGUGAUUUUCACCUUUUAUAUUCAACAAUGAUAAUUUUAAUGAUGAUUAUGAUAGUGAUAUAGGAUUCAUGUAAUAUUUUCAAGUCGUUGUGCGCAGCAUGUUAAUAUAUAAUAAUGUAUACUUGUAAUUCAUUCAACAUGAUAACCCAAACUCUCUGCCUCGAUUACAUGGCGAUUAGUUUGAAAAUGCUUCUUCUAAUGGAAGCUUAACAUAUGGCAGGAACUAUUAAAAUGCAGUAUUCACCCUAAGAAUUGUUUGAAGUUUUCAAAAGGUUCAUUACAGAAGUAAAUGAAGCAAACAGGAAUUGAUUGUUGAUAAGACUGACGUGUAUGUUUAGUGUUUUAUGGUGCCAAAUAUGUACUAAUUCACCUUGUUUGCAUGUUCAAUUUAUUUAUGCACAAUAUAAAGUGCUUCUUUUAUAUAUGGGCGUCUAUAUUUUGCAGCAUGAUUAUAUUAAGAAAAAGGAAGGAAAUUAUGUAUUCAAUUUGCAUAUCAAUUUUCAAUUGAUGUACAUGUAUCCUUAAUUUCAGGUCUAGGUGUACUAUACAGGUGUAUGUCAAAAAAUACUUGUAUUCACUAUAUUCAAUGUAUUGUGUAUUCUCAGACAAAGAUACUGCUAAAAUGAUGAUUAGGAGAUGACCAUCAAAUCAUAUUUCCCGAUAGAAUAUCCUAUAUAGUGUUGUACUGUGGAACCUUGGUAUAAAGAGAUAAAUCACAUUUUGGGGGUUGAUCUUAACUUGAGUAAUUGAGAGACUAGGGGGUGUUUCACAAAUAUUUAAGUAUGACUUAGAGUUGCACUUAAAUGUCUAGUUGUGUGCGAUAUAAAAGGUAGGACCGCAUUGGUCAGAUCAUGCCAAGAGGACGCGCACGACUGCGCAUUGAUCAAUAAGAUUGCACGUUGCAUAUCAUGUACGCAUUGGCAUUUAAGUGCGACUGUAAGUCAUUCUUAAAUCUUUGUGAAACACCCUCCAGGGUUUUUUUUUUCACAAAGUCUGAUUAUAAAUCGUGCCUACAAUUGUGUGCUGUAUAAUGCAUCACAGAAUUAGUCACAUCAUGCCCUAGCCAAGGGACAUGUGCUUACUGCCCUAGUGAGAUUCUGUGUUAAAUAAAUAACACGUGAGCAAAGGCACUUGCAAAUGAAAAUAGCUAUCUCUUUAUAUAACAUCAUCUUGGCCUCCAUAACACAAAAAUUUGCAACCAAUUGUAGAUUUCAACCGAUUCCGAUUGAUAAAAAGUACAUGUUUCACAAUGUGCACAUUCUUGUACAAGAAAGAUCUUGAUUAUUCAAUUUCCAUUUUAUAAUUGAUUGUAAACCUUUGUUACAGGGUAAACAGCUUAGAUCAAUUUCAAAUAUUGUGAAUCACUUUUAUUGAAUCACCUCCGAUACGAUGGGGGCUGAAUUAACAUUAAAUGCAUACCUAUCUUCAUCAAUGUGCGCUUAAUAUUUAAAUGUAAAGAUUCCUUUGAAAGCAAGGAAAUUUUGUGGAUCUUGUGAAACUGGGUUUGCACUAGACUAUUUAUUCUCACUACAUAUAACUGAUGUAAAAUAUCUGUGUUGUGCCACUCUGUAUAUAGAUGUAUCAUAGUAUUUAUUUCAGCCUCUGUCAGCUGUUCAAGUAAAAAGAUGUAAAAUAUUCAUAUUUCAGAUUCAUGUCUGUAUAGAAUUUUGAUAUGCAAAGCUUUCUCUGUUCUGUCUGUUUAGUGUGGUUGCCUUAUCACAGAAUUGGGCCUAAUCCUUUAAUGUAGAGAUGUUAUUUGGAAUAUAUUUCAUAUAAUAUUAUACAAAUCAUGGUGUGAUUAAAAGACAAAGCAAGAAUAGUGAA